AUGUAUCUCUAUAGAGUUGUGAGAAGUAACAAUUGUUCGCGAGGGCUGAGAUAUGAAGAAGAAAUUAGAGCUGGAACACGGGGCGCCGUGUGGCGUCCUUACGGCCUAUAGAGAAAGAGGGAACUAUUUGCAACGCCUUGAGCAGUUUGAGAAGGCGAUCCAGAGCUACGAUGAAGCUUUGGCGUGGCAUAGCAACGAUGUGCGCAGCCUGCUGGGCCGCAGCGUGGCGCGGGCGAAGGCCACCCAGUACAGCGGAGCCCUACAGGACGUGGCCAGGGCCAUAGAGUUGGACCCGGAUAACAUAACAGCCAAGCAGAUCCGUGCUCAGACGGAGUACGAGAAAUGUUCGUUCGAACGCAGCCUAGUGUUGGCACACAGAGGCAAGCGCCUCCGCCGGUUCCCGCCCGACUUCGCCGAGUGCGCCAGGCACGCCGAGGAAACGAUUCGAGAGUGCGCCGGAAAGAGCGCGUCUGGUAUGAUGAAGCUGGCGAUUCCACUUCUGAAGAACAUGGAAAUGAGGAGCGCUUCCGACACCGGAGUUGCGCAGGCGCCGCGCCGGAGCAGAGUGCCGGCUCACACCACGCAUGAGGUGCAAGAAGUCUCCUACACAGACCAGCAGAAGCUUCGCCAGACGUCUCGUCGCAUGGCGUGCAAGUACCUGGGCCGUAUGGCUCACGACCGGCACUUCCUCGACGGGCUGUGCGGGGACGAGCGGCUAGCGUCUGCCAACAAGCGGGGGUCUGAGCUGCUGCUGGAGCUGGCUAGGAAAGGAGCCGCGGAUUUGGGGAAACGACAGGAGGUGCUUCGCGAGCGGCGUCCCAUGUACGCGGCCGAGGCAGCCGAGUCUGCCGCGCGGGCUCGCCUCAGCAACAAGCGCCAAGAACACCUGACCCGCACCCAGAAACAACACACCACUAACGCCAAACGCCUGCUCCAAACAGCCGAGAAGGUUCUAGAACAGAGAGACACGGCAAAAUGCUUGGAGAACGCGGAGUUCGCUAUGGAGCAAAUAGCGAGGAUCCCGGCCAGACUGUUGCCGCGGAAGGAGAAGUUCAUGCAAGAGCUUUACAGGAUUGUGGCAACGGCUUUCUUGGAUCAGAAGCGCGUGGGGAGCGAGAUGAGCGAGUCGUCGCGCGAGUGCCGCGCGUUCGUGCUGCUGGGGCUGGGCGUGUCGCGCGAGCCCAGCCGCGACUCCGUGCUGCAAGCGCGCCCGCCGCCGCCGCGGGAUGCCAAGCGUCGUCUGACUACCCUGGAGCGUCGCUGGGCGGCGGCCCGCGGCGCCGAGCGCUGCUACGUGGCGCACGAGCUGGCGCGCCUGCACCUUGAUCUGAAGCAGCCGCAGCGAGCGCGAUACUACGCUUACAAGUGCCGGGCAGAUGCUCGCUCAGCGAAUCAGCGAUUGUGGCUGUUAAACGCAGCGUUUGUCUUCGCCCGCUGCAACAUCCAACUGAACAACCGGAACGAAGCGAAAGCAGCGCUGCUCGAGGCCGCAGGGUGGGCGCGCCAGUUCGGGUAUAGCGAUGUGUCGGCGUUCUUGGACACGUGUGCGACCGUGUCAACGGAAGGCGAAGUGGAGGCUGAGGAGGAGCCGCUGCAGCGCCGGGAGAAGGCCAUGGUCAGCCUCAUGCAGGACGACGACCUCAAGUCUGCCGCCAAGCACCUCUUCAAGAGGAUGUCUAUGGUGCCUACUACAAGGCGUUUCUCAGUGAUGCCAGGCCAGCGCAGCGUGGACACGGGGGCCACGGGGGCCGUGGGGGCUGCGGGGGCCACGAGCCGCCGCGUGUCCAUCAUGCCCAACGUGAAGCCGCCCACCACCGUCACUCAGAACAAGAAGACUGUAGUGGGCUUCCAGGACUUCGAUGUUUAAAAACUUUUUGGAGAAAAACUCUGUUCAAUGGCUUUUUUUUGAACUGUCACAUGGAACAAAUAGGCCGUAAAUGGCUUCCUGAACUUUUUAUUUAUACUUAUAUUUUUUAUGCUUUAUUAUGUUUCUUUUAUUUAUAUUUCAAAACAAACGAUCGCCGAAUCCAUUAUUAAACUUUUUUCAAGUCA